CCAAACACUACGGACUUCCUCCUCUCCCACGCGUCCAAGCCAGCCAAAGCUUCCCGUGCGUGGAUCCACCGCCGUUUGUUGUGUCUGCUGCUGCUGUUGCUGCUCCCCCUGGGCCGCCGCAGCCGUGCCCGUCGAUUUCGUGUUUGAGGAGCCAGCCCAGACCGACGACGUCGCGACGCCGUGGCCGCGGCACCGUCCGCUCCUUCGCGAGGUUGAGCAGGGGGGCCUCAUUGGGCUAGACGUGUAUCGUCGCGUCGUGGUACGAUCUGCCUGCUUCUCGACGCGUCGCCGACCUUUCCUCCCAUGGAAUUAUCGCCGGUCGUCGGCCUCUGACAGCUGGGUGUAUUGUUCUUCGCGGCACGGCCUGACGUGGUCGACAUCAUGGCUUCGACCUCGAGCAGCGCCAGGCGCAUGCUGAGGCUGGCCAGCCAGCUGGCCCGGCCUGCGGUCAGUGUGAAACCGGCGGCGGUGGUCUCGGCCCACUUCUGCUGGCCAGUGUCGGCGCCCGGAGCCAUUGUUGCUCUGCGAGGUUUCAGCAGCGGACCACCGUGUUGCCAGAUGCAGACCACCGAGCUGUACCGCGAAGAAGCAAUCCCGCUGCAGAAGGCCGAGCAGAAGGCCACCGUGGUCCACGAGGGACCCUACAAAGAACGGCACGUCACGGUACACACGUGCGCCGAACUCUUCCGCGAGUGGAAGCGCAGCCGGCCCGGCUACAAGUACGUCAACGAGGCAGGCAUCAGCGUUCCGCUCACCUACAUCCACACGGGUCUGGACCGCCAGGCGGCUCCCGACGCGCCUGUCGUGUUCGCGGUGCACGGGGCGCCCGGCACGUAUCGGGAGUUCGACUCCCUGACGCCCGUGCUCGACGCACAGGGCGCGUCGGUCAUCGUGCCCACCUUGCCAGAUUUGAAUUUCAGCAUGAAAACGCAGAGCUUCUGGCACUCGGUGGAAGAGCGGACGGACCUCCUCAAGAAGUUCCUCAAGGCCAUCAAUGUUCGAGAGAUCGACAUGAUGAUUGCACACAGUAGCUCCAUGUAUCCAAUGCUCUGGCUGGCGUUACGAGAGCCAGAAAUCAAGAUUAAAUCACUAGUGUUCAUCGCCCCUUCUGGCUGCCGGAGAAUCACGCAGAUGAACCCACACUGGCUGAUGAAGAGCUUCGACGAGUGGUUCCGGGUCCCCUGGCUUCAGGAUUUCAUGUGCGGGCUUGCAGUGUAUAUCGUGCGGGUACUGGGCAAGCCCAACAACAAUCAGAUGAAGGGCACCAUCCUGUCCAUGAUCACUGUUAUGAAUUCCAAAUACGAUGAGGCAGGGCCCAUGGUGUGCGAGUUGAAACGGCGCGGAGUGCCAAUGCUGAUGCUGUAUGGUGAGCGAGACAAGCUUAUUGAUGCUGUGAUCAGCGAGGAGAUGGCUGCCAUGAUGGGUGUGCAACCAGCUCUCAUGCACGUCUACAAUGGCAGGGACGACAAAACCUCUGUCUUAUUACAGUCUGGCAAACUCGGUGGCAACUGUGAAGUAGCCUGCUUCAAGCAAGGAACACACUAUGCAUUUAAGAAGUACCCAAACAUUUUUAACAAUGUUAUACUUGAGUUCUGGAAGAGGAAUCAAAGCAGUUGUACUUGAUUUAGUGUAUGGAAUUUCACAGUGUGUUCUUUUUAGAUAGCAAUCUGAGUGGUGCCUUCAGAUUUGCCAAACAUUUUCGAGUGUUUCUGUGAGAACAUCUGUUCUUGUGCAAUCGUUUUUAAUGCCCAUUUAUUUGCACAAAUGUGUAACUUAGUUCGGUUGGAGCAAUCUGAUUGCAGGGGCACCUCAACUAUGCACUUGCUCCAUAUUAACAGGCCAUGCUUGUAUUCUCCACUAGCACCAGGAAAUGACACAGUCAAGGAGUUUUGGUAUGUGGUUGUCGCCACGACUUACGCAAGUUUCUGCAAGGCUGUGCCUAUGGUAGCUAAAAUGUCUUUCAGACUUUUUACUUACAGUUGGGAACCCUCAAGAAAGCACCAGAGUAAAAAAAAGACCAUGAAAAACCCCAAUUUCAAUUAAUUCUGUGGACAAUUAUGAGCUCAAGUGUUUGUAGGACAGUUGAAAUCUUACAGUGCUGUAUUUGUUCUGUGAUCAUGUUGUUUAUUGGCAGAGCAGAAAGACACUACGGCCAUCCACUCGUAUGCAGACGGCCGUGACGAUCAUGGCCAACGCUUGCACCAUUCUUCUAAACAUGCAAUGUUGUCAAGAGUGCAUGGUUAGAAAUGCAGGGAUCAAUAUUCAAUGAUGCUCUUACUAAGUCAUUCAUUUAUCGAAUGCCACCUGAAGUGAUACACAGCAUCCACUGUGAAUGUGGGCAUAUUUAAGAUAAACACUAAAUGCCAGCAGCUACUGUAAACCAAUGCUUAUAUACUACAUUGUUAUCUUAUCGACCAACAUAAUUAAAUGAAUUUGUUUUAC